UUUUCCAACAAAACGAUCAACAAACACGUAUAAAUAGAGCAUUGCUUGCAUAGUAGAGCCCAGCACAAACACGCCUCGUCUCGUUCCUCUCUUCUCUCGCUCUCGCUUUGCCCGAGCAAGAAACCGAAAUGCACAAGCAAACCCAACCCAUCUCCUGCUCAGUUGCCCCUGCAAACCAAGACAGCAAGAAGCCAUCAUCCAUGGCGUGCGAGCAAGUAGGAGCCGACGAGCCGACAGGCCGAUCGUCGGGCGGUGCCGAACAUCAUCUGGUGCCAUCGGCGCCCGCCGACGACUUCGAGUUCUGCAUACUCUCGUCCGGCGGCCUCGCGCCGGCAGGGGACGACGCGGCCGACAUGUGCGUCGCCGACGAGGUCUUCUCCGGCGGCAAGCUCCUCCCGCUCCGCCUCUCCUCGGCGGCCUCGGCCGACGCGUCGUCCGCACCACUGCUGCUGCUGCGCUCGGACUCGCUGGACGGCGCCACGACUUGGACGACCACCAGCAGCAGCAGCGGCUUCAGCUCCCGCUCCCGCAGCCGCAGCAGCAGCAGCUGCGUCAGCCGGAGCACGUCGUCCAGCAGCGCGUCGUCCUCGGACCACGCCGCCGGGCCCGUCAGCUCGUCGUCGUCCAGCAAGAGCGCGUGCGCGUCCUCCGCCGACGCCGCCGUCCCGCUCCCGCCGCGGCGCUCGCAGUCCGGCUCGGGCAGCGUGUUCUACGCGCACCCGAGCCCGUCGCCGCGCCCGCCGCCGCGCGGCCGGAGCCGAACAGCCGCCACGCCCGCGGCGGCGCGCCGCAUGAGCACCGGGUCCGCGCCGCCGCCGUCGUGGGGCGUCAUACGCCUCGGCGUCGUCGGCGCUCCCGAGGUGUACGCGCCGCGCCCGGCCGAGUACAGGAAAGUGUCCGCGUCGAGGAGCGCGAGGUUCGAGCAGCAGCACAGGGCCGCGGACAAGAAGCUUGCGCUGGGACUUCUGGGAGCCGGCCUGGUGUGCUCGUGCUCCCCCGACGCCGUCGCGCCGGUGGGCUCGGCGGAGGUGGCGGCGGCUGAGGCGAGGCGGAGGAGGAAGAAGGCGGAAGAGAAGAAGAGAUCGGCGUCGGCGACGGCGGAGCAGAAUGGGACGAAGGGCAGCACUGCUCGGAGUCGGAGUCGGAGGAGCAGGAUUCUCGAGUGGCUGGAGGACCUCUCCAUUUCCAAGGAGAAGAGCACCGUGUCGUCGUGUAGAUAGAAUAGAACAGAUCGUCGAUCUCCUGAUGAUGACAUUUGUUUUUUUUUCCCACAUUUUUUCGUUCUUUCAUGGCUCCUUUCGUCGUAUCAGUAUCACUAUCACCCAUGGAAAUAUUUACCACCACUCUUCCAUUUGUUUCCACCAGCAUUUAGUUCAACUAGUUCAUCAGCCAAACAAUUCAUCGAUAACCUAUUUAUUUAGUCAUGGCUGAAAAUACUGUUUUCUAAUUUUUUUUUAAAGAAAAACACCGGCUCAGUCGUGUUAUUGA